CAUCGAUGCAUCCGUGGAUAUCUUCCACUAUCGUGCUUUCACCUCCUCUAGCUUUUCAGAAAUCGCUGCCGUGCCGAUGCUUCCUGCUUCGAGCUUUUGAUCAUGGUUUCAGGGGUCGUCGGUCGAUUCGUGACUUUUCAACAGUUACCAAGCUUAUGCAGCCGAGGAAUAAGCAAAUAUUCUCUGGCUAAAUCGAGAAUAGCAGGCUUCCCCUUGACGAUUUCUUGCCCAAACUUUUUACUCCCGUAAUUUUCUUUGUUUUAUUUUUAUACGCGUCGUCGUCCAUGCUUGCUAAACAAAUUUACUUUUCACCUAUCUAAAAAUUUGGUACUCCACGUACUUAAUAUCCAAUCCCACGCACUUUAAGAAAAUUCCACUUGUUAAUUUCGGCUCUCCCCUUCCGCAGAGGGGAAUCUUCUCUUUACACAAAAUAAAGCAGCGUCGCCUAGCUCAAUGCAUUCAUCUACUCUUUAAACUUCCUUUCAGCAAUGGAAGAAUCAUACUCGUCUACCUUCUUUGUUGAUGGAUUUAUGGUUUCGUGGUGAUUAUGCGGUUUAGCGAUAGACCUCAUAAACCAGUACGUGGAAAGCCUCAGAAGUAACCGAUUACGUGGCUUUGCGAUUAUACGAUUUUCGAUAAGUUAGUUCCUUCAUAACCGGUAUAUCGAAUAACGAUAUUUCAACCCAGCCAUUUACCGAUAAUCCUACUUUUUUUUACAGGUUCCCAUAAAAUCUAGCAAAUCCUUAUUCCAAGUUGUAUAUCUAUUCUGGCCUUUUAAUCUCCGUCACUCGACAAAUUACACGUAAAUCGUGGAUCCAUUUAGAGUCAUUCAUAUGUUUUGAAGUUGUAGUAGAGCGUAAAUCGUUUCACGAGGUUUCGCUUAUAGCGUAACACGACAUAUGCAAUUAUAAAGGUGCGGUUCCGAGUAGAUACCGUGAUGUGGUUCUUCGAGUCGACGUGGAUUCCCUUUGCAUCGUGUGUAGUAACAUGGCAAUAAACCACUACAGUAACGGUGCAUAAUCUAAUGGUGGGUUGCCUCCUACGACAAGUAUGGGACAGGCUUGCACCAUGCCUCCCUGCGGUUCAUUAAUUGCAGCUUGCUCUCUCGACUAGCAUGGCGUUAUUCCGAUCGUCCAAGCGACAACAACAACUAGGGGUUGGAAGGGAAAGCCUCGUUACACGUAUCUGCAACAUGUCUACAUUCUCGAAGGAAACCUGUAGGAGGCUAUGAGCUUUCUUUGUUACGGAUCCCUUUUAUUCUUCCAGUUUCUUCCUCGAUGAGGACGUUGAUCGACCAUCGCGUCUGAUAAUAAUAAUUCAUGCGUGGAUCGAGUUUCCUCCACUUCGAUUCUGCUUUGCACAAUGCAUGGGAGUCUUUAUAUUGGAAUUCGCCCGAAUUCAUGAAAGAUUCCAAACUAUGUUACAGGUUACUAUGCAAAAUUUAUGGUAGAAGCAAUCUACGACGAGAGCAGUUCACAAGAUUGCUUCCCACAUUCUUCCCUCGCUUUAUGCGAUUGUUUUUCUCUGUUCAACAGUACAGUUUGACAUAUUUUCUUUGAGGCACAGUACCUAUUUCUGGCAUCGAAGUUUUUGUUCUCCAUUAAACAUAUAUCUAAUACAUGUACAGGUGAAUUUGUCUUUCUCCUGGUCUCUUGAGUCUCGUUGCUGUUCUGUGUCAAUAAGUGCUUCGCGUGAUACUUUCGUAUUUGUUCGAAUUAAUACUCAAUUCACUUGCAGUCGUUAGCAGGAAUAUGUAUUAUGAAGUAUUGCUUAAGAUGCUGGAUAAUAGCUCGUCUAUAAAUUUUUACACCGACGAGUUUUUUGUUAGAAGAAAUUUUUACGAAAGAGACAAGCCUGUGACCUUUUCCAUCGUCCAUCUGACUCGAAUCAUCCUUAUCGUUAUUUCCGGAAAUUAAAGAAACUGCGGAGAGUGUAACAACAGUAUUGUGGAAGCUUUCCACCCUUAAAGAUUUGAUUUCACGGCAGUUAGUUUCAUUGUGUGCAAAGUUUAGAGAAAGAAAAGGGUCUUAUGGUCUUAAACUUGCUUGGCUGUUGUGAGACUAUUACCUUGUAUUCAGAGAACAACAGGCAAUGCGCGUCAGCGACGAUCAUUUUGUUCAGGCUGCGGUUUACGGAAGUCAGCUGUAAGCAAUGUUUCUCUGUUGCUGUUCUAUCGCGCGUUCUUCGAUGGUUAAACGUUGUUUCCCGAUCCUGCGAAUUAAUUGAAUCGAAAGAUGCAUCGAACUGGAAAGGCAAACCGGAGGGGAAGAGAAGCUUCAAUGCGCAUCCCGUGUUUUCAUACUGAACUAUCGUUCGUUGCCUGCGUUUCGCAGUGAAGAAGAUAAAAACAGAUCGCCGCGAUUGCAAGCAUUUGGUUGGAGAUCAAAAAGGUGGGAGUAGACUUACUAAUUUGUGUCUGACGGUAUACUUGUGACAAUCAGUCUACUAUUCAACCGUUCGUUCGAUCCUCUCCUUAGACGCUUGAUUUUCUUUCACGAUGUAUAGAGGAAAAACACGUGUAUCAAAGGAGUUGCUCGUGCACGCCGAUGUCAAAGGCUUUCUUUCUUCUCGAGGCCAUCCCCGUUCAUUAUUCGUUUGUUCGAUUAUUUAGUUUCCCUAGCGAAUUAGGAGGAAACAAAGGUAGUCUGUGGCAUUGAAAAGUCAUCAAAAGAUGCAUAUAUCGUAAUCGAGCGUUAAAAGGACACGACACGAACGAUAUGUAUAUUUUUAUGCAUGGGCAAAGAAAUAAUUAGGAAAAAUAAAUUGAUAUAAAUUCGUACAGGAUAAAACAUCGAUAUGUGAGAUAGCUCGACAGUCAAAAGCUCAACGGAUAUAGUGACAUUUUGUCAGCCAUUAAAUUCGUGGCCUCGUAUCGAAUUAUACACGAGCGCAAGAGUAGUGUAUAACGUUGCACGCGCACGCUGGUGUAGAACUACUCGUAAUCUACUCUCACAGGUUAGCUCUUGUGUGUCGUGUAGUUGAGCGUAAAUAGUCUUCUUUUAAUGUAGUUAAGUGUAAAAUAGCUUGCAUAGUUUAAUUACAAUACUUGCCCCGCUUGCAGCGCGUACACGCACGCUCACUUACACAAUCAUCGUUUCGUGUUCAAAAACGUUUCAAUGCGUAUAUGCAUGUUCUGCACCUGCCAUUAACCAAGGCGUUAUACCAUCAACGAUGCUCCUUUAGACGAAAAAUCGAAUAUCGUGCGUGACAUGGGAAGGCAUCACGCAUGUCACCGCGUAAUGGCUCGUGCGUGGCGGAAGUAAGCUCGGUGAGGAGUCUCUCGUCGGACGAUGUCUCGGCGACGAAGACGAACCGAAAGAAGUCCUGCUGGGCACGUGCCACGGAUCCGGCUCAUCGCCGUGGACGACGAAUUCAACUGCUACAAAUGCUGGUGCUACCAUUCAUACCGAUCCUAGCGUUGAUCGUUCAGACAGCUAACACCCUCCAUGACAUUCUGAUCUAUCGGCAGGAGGUCUCUGACAUUGAAACGCAGGUAACAAUCGCCACAGACUUAGGGAAGGUUGUCACGCGGAUGCAGCUCGAAAGAUCUGAGGUUGCAUUCUUUAUUUACACUAAUGGCAGCACUCUAAGGUCGAACUUGACGCAGAGGUUCGCCAUAACUGAUCAGGCUCUUCAUAACAUGACUACGUGGCCCCUGGUCUCGGUACCGAGGGAUGAGAGCAAGACGCAAACCUAUGACGUGGUCAGCAAAGAGGCCUUCCAAGCACGCCUCGAGGAUUUCAGGCAGAAGAUAAGUUCAGAAGAGAGCAGCAUUACCGAAGUGAUGACGUGGUAUACGAGCGUGAACGCGGCGAUGUUAGACCAUCUGACUAAUCAGAUCAAAGAGACGGAUAAUAGUGGAGUUUGGAGGUAUCUGAUUGCUUUUAAAAAUUUGCUGAAGAGUAUUGAGAGCUUGGGUAUUUCUUCCGUGUACGGAAUCAAUUACUUUGGACGUGGAACCCUUGUGGGGGACAAUUACGUCAGCUACGUUCGCCACGAUAUUCUUGGACGUGAUCUCCUCUCUGGAUCUCUCACAUACGUGCCUUCUCUCAAACAUUUUUACGCAGAACUCACCAACUCCAUGUCAGACUAUGGAAGAAUUAAAUCUAGACGAGAUGAAAUCCUCCAGAACCAGAAGAGGAAACCGAGUGUUGAUGAUGCUAUCGCUUAUUUCGAUUCAAUGGCUACUUAUGUGGAUGAGCUGCGUAAACUUCAACGAGAAUUACGUCACAUGAUCCGGGAUUAUGUGAAUUCAACUUUACAAGAUGCGAGUAACAAAGAAGUUGCUGGGAUAGCUAUAGUCGUGCUAGUGUUGGUCGUUUCUCCUAUCAUUAUAAUACUAGUACGUAAUGCGGUUGCAACGAUACAAAUGUACGCAGCCAAUUUAGCGCAAAAGGCUCGGGAACUGAAGCAGGAAAAAGGGAAGAGUGACACGUUGCUUUUUCAAAUGUUGCCUCCUAGCGUCGCACAGCAAUUGAAGCAAACUCAACAGGUUCCAGCGGAAUAUUACGAAGCAGUAACCGUAUACUUCAGCGAUAUUGUUGGGUUCACAGAAAUUGCUGCGGAGAAUACUCCCUUAGAGGUUGUCACCUUUCUAAAUUCGAUCUACAAGUUAUUCGAUGCGCGUAUCGAAUGUUACGACGUGUACAAAGUUGAAACUAUUGGCGAUUCAUAUAUGGUCGCCUCUGGCUUGCCUGUUAGAAAUGGGGACAAACACGUAUCUGAAAUAGCGACAAUGGCCCUCGAUCUUCUAGCAGCUUCAUCGGUAUUUCAAGUACCAAAACGGCCCGGUGAACGUCUUCAAAUACGAAGCGGCGCUCAUACAGGACCCGUAGUUGCUGGUAUCGUGGGAAGCAAAAUGCCCCGUUAUUGUCUCUUCGGGGAUACUGUGAAUACGGCCAGUCGUAUGGAAUCAACUGGAGAAGCGCUACGAAUACAUAUUAGCCUAGAAAUGAAGAAAGCUUUGGAUGCGGUAGGAGGUUUCAAAAUCGCACAUCGCGGUUUGGUAGAUGUCAAGGGGAAGGGAUUAAUGGAUACAUACUGGCUGGAAUGCAAAGACGGUGGAAUUGCACGGGCAGCGGAAUUAGAUCUGCCCUCGUUCUUCGAAGAUGUGCGACCAGUUUUCAUACGCCGUUUACGCGAAGAGGGUACCCUUUGA